AUGGAAUAUCCUAAAACCUAUACGAAGGCAGUGUUAGACAUUGACUCAAAGAAAUGGCAAGAACCGAUGAAGUCUGAGAUGGAUUCUGUGUAUGCCAACCAAGUUUGGACUUUGGUUAACCCACCCAAAGGUAUUAUACCAAUAGGAAACAAAUGGGUCUUCAAGAGGAAGAAUGGCUCAAAUGGCAAGGUGGAAACAUAUAAAGCUAGAUUAGUAGCUAAAGACUACAGACAAAGAGAGGAAAUUGAUUAUGAAGAAACUUUCUUUCAUGUGGCAAUGAUAAAAUCCAUCCGCAUACUUCUCGUCAUAACAGCAUAUUAUGACUAUGAGAUAUGA